AUGGUCAAAGUCGACCGCCCCCCAGCCAACAACUUCGUAGCCACAGCCCGAAAGAUCUACAACCCGAUCGGCUUCGCCAAAGGCUACAACUUCAUCCUAUGGAUGAUAUCCGCCGGUGCACUCCUCGGCUUCUCUCUCGCGCGUCUGAUGUACCUCGACUUCGACAACAUCUUCUGUCCCGCCGACCAGAACAAAGCCAAUGCUCUUCCCGGCGAAUGCUUCUACUACCAGGAUACUCGCGGCCGCGUCGGCAUCCUCCUCCACCUGGGCGCCAUCCUCCCAGCCUGUCUUCUCGCCUUCCUGCAAUUCGUCCCCGUCAUCCGCCACAAAGUGAUCCUCUUCCACCGCAUCAACGGCUACCUGGUCAUCAUCGGCUCCUUCAUCGGCAUGGCCGGCGUCCUAAUGAUAGCCGAGCACAGCUUCGGCGGCGGCCUGAGCAUCCAAAUCGCCCUCGGCUUAGCGCUCAUUAUCUUCCUCAGCUGCAUCUGCAUCGCUUACUAUAACAUCAAACGACUCCAGAUCGAGCAGCACCGGGCAUGGAUGAUCCGCGCUUGGGUCGUGGGCGGCUUCAUCAUAACCAUGCGCAUCAUCGGCAUCACAACAGACAAAGUCCUCGUGGCCCUCAGCCCAGAACAAUACUUCGUAGCCUACUCCUGCGCCGAGAUCUCCUUCAUGCUGAACGGGAACCAAUCCAUCGUGCAAUCCCUCCACCCAUCCUGCACCGGCGCUAAUCCGAACCACCACGUUCUCGUCAACGCCUUCAGCAGCAAUGGCACCGGGAACGUCGAUCAGACUGCCGCGGGCCUUGAUAUCAGUUUCAGUGCUGCGGCGUGGCUGGCUGUCGCUAUUCAUGUCUUUGCGGCGGAGCUGUAUCUUCAUCUUACUCCGGCGGAGUCGGCGAGGCUGAGGCGUGUGUCGUAUCAGAGGCAGUUGGAGGCGGGGAUGAGAUGGCCUGGGAAUGCGGGGUUGACGGCGGAGAGGGUUGGUGAUGCGGAGCCGUUUUUGAUGGUGAAGGGGGUGGAGAGGAGUGAGAGUGGGAGUGAGGUGGAGGUGGCUGUUAGGACGGGGGAUAGGAGGGAUUAG